AUGAGACCUGGUAUGAGACCUAGUAUGAGACCUAGUAUGAGACUUAGCAUGAGACUUAGUGUGAGACUUAGUGUGAGGCCUAGUAUGAGACAUGGCAUGACACAUAGUAUGAGACCUCGUAUGGGACCUAAUAUGGGACUUAGUAAUUUUAUGAAACAAUACAACGGAUAUUUCCAUCAUCGCUUCUUCGCGUUGGGAAACAUCCUCCGACUUGGAACCAAUCCAAUCCUCCGCGUGCAGUGGAUUGGUCCAAGAUUAAGAUCAGUGGCGACCUUUCAACGUUGGAACACUUUUCUUCAUCACGACGACGUUGAACGUUGGCUCGACAAUUUAGUGAUAUUCAAGUCAGAUCGCAGAUCAACUAUAAAGGAUAUACACGUUACUUUUCACAAGAUGUUUGGGCUCCAACUGACGGCGAUCACAAUCGUGUGUAUGUGUGCCGCGGUUUUGAGUAGACCGUCUUCUCGAACUCUCCAAGAAACCUGUCUGGUAGACGAAAUUCAAGUUCAAGAAGAUUUUCAAGUGGAACGGUACAUGGGGACGUGGUACGAAAUACACCGUCGCUACACCGAAGAGAUCUUCCCUGAUAAACAAUUGUCAGAAUAUCAUUUGCGUGACGAUGGUAAAAUAGGAAUGGAUAUACGAGGCGUCAGUAUGAGAGACGCCUGCAUGCCAGUCGACAGUCUCCACUUUAUCGGACAGGCGAUGGGAGAGGCAGCAGCUAAACUAACUGUGAGUAUGCAACCUCCGAGAUCAGGAGGUCACGGUCCACGUCCAGAUGGACAAGGGCCUGGACCAGCCCAUGGACCACCAGGGCAACAUCGGCCACCAGGUCAACGACGUGGACAAGGUCCGCCACAUGGUAUCGGAACCGGAAACUCCCCAAUGUUUCCUGGUGGCGCUCAACAACCAUCGAUUGAAAAAGAAGGUAGUUAUUGGGUGCUGGCCACGGACUACGAGCAAUAUUCCGUUGUUUACAGUUGUGGGGCUGUCUUGGAAGAUGGUACCUGUGAGGAUGGGAAAACAAUGAUAUGGGUUCUCAGUCGAACUGUUCAUCUCCCAGAUGACGUCAUCGACACGAUUGAUGACAUCGUUCGGUCAGUUUGCGUUGAUCCCGCCCAAGUGAACAUCGCGCCAAUGGAAUGUACCCAGGACAUACCCGGCAGAAGUUGUCGUGUAAAUGAAGAUAUAGCGGCACAGCCUAACUUCGACAUCGAGAGGUAUAUGGGUACAUGGUACGAGAUUGCCAUGACAAAGAGUCCGUUGUACCCCAACAUUCCCAACACUCAAAAAACUAUCUUAUCCAUGCGCGAUGAUGGUAACGUGUCUGUCACAGUGUCCGGAAUUAUGAGUGGCCCACUUUGCUUUGACCUUGAAUUACCAGGCGUGGGUUACAUCGUUGAUCCACAAGAUUCCAUGGCGAAAUGGCUUGUAGAAAUGAACAUACCAGGUGGAUUUGACAUUGGAGAUAGCGGACCAUAUUGGAUAAUAGAGACGGACUAUGAUAGAUAUGCUAUCGUUUAUGGAUGCAAUCGUGUUCUGGAAGAUGGCACUUGUCACAGAAACCACAGCAGCGCAUGGCUGAUGAGUCGUACUCUACACCUACCUGAUAACGUCAAACGACGACUACACUAUACAUUGCCACUACUUUGCAUGAGUCCAUCGAGAGUUAGACACACACCGCGAGUUGACUGUUGUAACGAUGAUAUAUCGCUAUUAGCAGCAGCUGCCGCUGGUGGAGGAAGCCCUGGAGCUGACGCCCCUGGCAGUGGGGCACCUGGGGGAAGACCAGGUGGACCACCUCAAGUUCCACCCGAAGUAAAGAAAUGCCAAGUGUCAAACUUGCGAUUACAAAAACCGUUUGACAUGGAAUCUUACAUGGGUGUGUGGUACGAGGUGGCUUCCCAUCACCCCGGCGAAUCACACGAGGAAUCGUAUAUCGAAAAAUUAGUUUACACAUUAACACUGGAUAGCAUCGUUGAUAUUCAGAAGACAGGAGUAAAAGAAGAUGGCGUGUGCACCAAACAACCCUUGCAAAACAAGGGAAGACCCAUAAUCAGCAAUGAUGCCAUAUGGAGGCUUAAACUUCCAAACGAAGAACCAUCUCUACUGAGAAUUGUUCACACCGACUACAGCCGAUAUGCUGUAGUGUAUUUCUGUACACAACUAACUCCACUGGGCACGUGUGCCGAAGACCACGCCGGCGUGCACGUGCACGCCCGAAGUCCCAGUCUUACAGAUGAAGAGCAAGCAGAAGUAGCACUUAUAAUAGGAGACCUUUGCAUAGAUACCCAGAUACUUGAAUAUAAAACCGAGUUGAAUGAUCCCUGUACGGAAGAAAAUUCCAACGUUGAAGAAGUCUCUGAAUGUGGAGAGGAUGAAUUCCAUUGUAACAGUCAAGAAUGCAUAGUAACUGAUUGGGUGUGUGACCGUGAACGUGACUGCUUAGACGGAUCCGACGAAUCACCGGAGCGCUGUGGGCCGCCAUGUAUCGUGGAGGAUAUACAAUUGAAAGAAGACUUCGACAUAGAAAGGUUUACUGGUGAAUGGUUUGAAAUCGCCCACAAUUUUCCAGGAACUGUAUCUCUGCCGGACAUCAGAAGUAUGACUUACAGCAUUACAGAUGACAGGGAACUGACUCUUAUGAUGAACAGCGUCAAAAUGCACGGUGUAUGUACAGGUCAUUCUAUGCCAGGCAGAGGACGCAUGAAUGAAAACAAUCCUGCCAAGUUAACCAUCGCGUUUCCACAUAUACCAAAAAAAUUUGGCAACUUUUCAAAUGUUCGAUACUGGGUGGUGGACACGGAUUAUGAGUUAUAUGCAAUAGUUUACACGUGUAUGCAGGUGAAUCACGAUGGCACGUGCAAUCCGCAAAGUGAGUUAGUGUGGUUAUUAAGCCGACAGGAAGAACUGGACGAAGACGCACACGAUUUGGCAAAGCUUGUACUGAGAGACCGCCUAUGCAUGCAUCGCGAUGACCUUAGGGAUGAUGUGGGUCGUUGUCCAGCUGUGGUACCUCAAGAACGCCCUCCUCCAAAGAAGCCAUGUCCCAGACCAGAAAUCAUGUGCACUGAACACGAAUUCCGAUGUAACAACGGAGAAUGCGCCCCUAAAAGGUGGAAGUGUGAUGGUGAAGUUGAUUGUGGUGAUGGUUCAGAUGAGAACAAAGAAACAUGUGAAAGAAACGACGAUAUACGAAAUCAUUGUAAUGUGGAUCAUUUUAAAGCUCAGCGAGAUUUCCAAAUAUCCGAGUUCAUGGGUGACUGGUUUGAAAUUGCUCACAUCAAAGGCCCACGAUUCUUAAAAGUACCUGACACACGUUCCUCCACUUUUACCCUGCGUGAUUCGAUAGAACCAAACAGCUACAAUAUAGAGGUGUCACUCAAUGGGCUGAAAGUACGUGGUCAGUGUACCGGUCGUGAUAUGUCGGGAACUGGACAUACACUAAUAGAUCAACCAUCAAAGUUCCUCCUGUCGUUUCCAAUGAUACCCAGCAGUUUUGGCAGCUAUGAUUCAG